GGGGGGGCGGGGCGCGCCGGGAAAAGUUCCGGGAAGGGGGGCCGCCCGCCCAGACCCGGCGCGGAAGUUGCCGGCGGGCGCGCGUCUUCCCGGACAGGCCCGUAGCCAUGUCGUCCGGGGGCGCGGGGUCGGGCGGGCCGGAGGGGGCCCCUCGCGCGGCUGCCGCGCUCUGCGGCCUGUACCACGAGGCCGGGCAGCGGCUGAGGCGCCUGCAGGACCAGCUGGCCGCUCGGGACGCCCUCAUCGCGCGCCUGCGCGCCCGUCUGGCGGCGCUUGAGGGGGACGCGGCGCCGUCGCUCGUGGACGCGCUGCUGGAGCAGGUGGCGCGCUUCCGAGAGCAGCUCCGGCAGCAGGACGGCGGCGCCGCGGAGGCCGCGCUGCGCCAGGAAAUUGAGAGACUUUCUGAGCAACUAGAAGAAAAAGAGAGGGAGACACAGCAGCUGAUGAACCAGCCAGAGCACGAGCGGGAGAAGGAAGUGGCCCUGCUGAGAAGAAGCGUGGCAGAGAAGGAGCGGGCCCGGGCCGCCAGCGACAUCCUGUGCCGCUCCUUGGCCGAUGAGACCCAUCAGCUGCGGAGGACUCUGGCCGCCACUGCCCACAUGUGCCAGCAUCUGGCCAAGUGUCUGGAUGAACGCCAGCGUGCACAGGGGGACGUAGGGGAGAGGGGCCCUGAGACAGAGUGUGCAAGUGGGGACGCCUCUGUCCAGGCUGUUGUCGAGAAGUUACAGGAGGAGAAUCGACUGUUAAAGCAGAAGGUCACGCACGUGGAAGACCUCAAUGCCAGGUGGCAGCGCUACGAUGCCAGCAGGGACGAGUACGUGAGGGGGCUCCACGCACAGCUGAGGGGGCUGCAGGCCCCGCUUGAGCCUGAGAGCCCCUCCUCGCCCGAGCGCCUGCAGAAGGAGAUCGCCCGGCUCAACAGACAGCUGGAGGAGAAGGUGGACGCCUGCGCGGAGGCGAAGCAGGAGCUGGCGUCCGCGAGGAGGGCCCGGGACGCGGCGCUGGAGCGGGUGCAGAUGCUGGAGCAGCAGAUUCUCGCCUACAAGGAUGACUUCUCGUCAGAAAGGGCUGACCGAGAACGGGCCCAAACUCGGAUCCACGAGCUGGAGGAGCAGGUGGCCUCCCUGCGGCACCAGGUGUCCUGGAGACAGGACUCUCGAGAGCCAGGCUCCUGCCGGGUUCGCACCGGCGGCAACACUCCCGCGUACCUAGAGGCUGAUGCUUCGGAGCUUGCGGUGCCGGGUGGCCGGAGGUUUGGGACUGGGUCCCCGUGGUUGGAGCUCCCUGCGGAGGGCAAACGCCCUGGAGCGACCGCAAGAGGCCAGGGCGACCUUCAGUGCCCCCACUGCCUGCGGUACUUCAGUGACGAGCAGGGCGAGGAGCUCUUCAGACACGUGGCCGAGUGCUGCCAGUGAGCCCUGAGGCGCGGAGCGGGGCUCCCAGCACACAGCCCCGGGGGCCAGGCCCCCAGGACGGGCGGGGCGUGGCUUCCGAGCCCUCACCCAGGUGCCUUUGGGUCAGAGGGAACUUCCGGCGGGACCGGAGGCUGGAGGCAGAGGCGGGGGUUGGGAGCGUCUGUGCCCAGGAGGCUUGGCCCUGCUUCUCGUGUGGACUUGGGUCUCCCAGCUGCGGGCCGAGGUCGUGAGUACACGGUUGGAAGUGGGCCAGCGCCACGCAGGUGGGGGGUGCCGCCUCUCUGGGCAGCGGUGGCCGCCGUGUUCGAGCCCCCACCCCACCGGGAGGCGUGCAGGGCCCAGCGCCGGCUCUGUGAGACGCGUUGCUUACCUUACUUAUUUCUGUAAUAAAUGUUCUUGCUUCAGUGACGGUUCCGCUCCGAGAAUGAGUUGGGGGCUGGGGUGCAGUGAGCUGGCAGCAUGUUCAUCGGGGCAGGGGUUGGUCAGCUGUGAGCAGAAAUACUGUUUCUCUCCUGCUCGGCGUGCAAAAGAGGGGCUGCGGUCCGGCCAGCCUGGCAUGCUGCCGCCGUCCCGAGCCCUGGCCCAGGGUGGGAGGUGAAGGGCAGGGGAUGGGGCGGGAGGAAGCAGGCGUCCUCUCGGGUCAGGGCAGUGGGGGCUCUGUUAACUCACUCAACCCUCAAGACAGUCCGGGAGGUCAGCGUCCUCAUCCUCCGCGUGGAUGUGGAACACGUGGCACAGAGAGGGAAGGUCACUUGCCCAAGAUCACACAGUAGCUAGUUGGUAAAGCUGGGACUCAACCCAGGCCACGUGGCUCCUGAGCCCAUGUUCUUUGCUGUUGGUCUGUGCUUCCCGCCGUGACUUGAGCAUGAAGGGCUAACACUAGACCAUCCUCCUCCAGUUGUAGUUCAGGUGUCAGCUCCUCGGGGGGGUUCCCUGCGCGCCCCACUGGAAGUGGUCAGUCUGUGUGGCGUGGGGCACUGGAACCGCAGAACGCCUGUCGCACAUCCUGAGGAGCUGGAAGGGCUCCUGGUGGAUACCUGGUGCUGGAAAUGGACGGGGCUCCAUCCUGGAGAGAAGGGCCGAGGCGGGGGAGCCCUCAGCGCCUCAGCUGAUCCCCGAGAUGUGCGGGCCUAGAGUGAGACUGGGAAACCCGAGGCCAGAACCACAGCUGGGGGGCAGGACGAGCUGAGCAGAGCCCCCAGCAGCUGUCCACUGUAGGUUACAGGGGCCGGUCAACACCCAGUUUCCCUCUGAAACCCUUGAAGGGCCGCAUUUUAGGAGUAAAGUUGACAUCCUGAGGCGAAAGUGAAACAGUCCUGCUCCUCCAGGCAGCCAACUGGUAAUUUACUGGCCUGCUGGAGCACAGCCUAGCUUGCUUCAGAGACGAGGAACAGAGUCCAGGACCUUACAUGUUGACCACGGCUCCAUGUAUAGAGAAAUGAAGGCCGAAUGAAGAUAGACUCAAACACAAGCUUGUACAAUUUACAGAUGGAUUUUACGGCAGGGAAGAAGUAUUAUGGAAAUCAGCCUAGAGGAAAUGAUUCUGAAUAAAAACAUGGAGAGGAACGAGGUGCACGGGAGUGGGUAAAUGAAUGGUGACUGAGUGUUUAAAACAGUGUCCUGAGGGUGACAUGUGACCACAGGAGCUUUCCGGGCUGGGGAGGGGAGUGUUUAAUGAAUGACACAGUUACAAAGUUUUGCAUUGAUUUACAGUAGACUCUGAUGAAUUACUGAAGCACAUUGUAAUCUCUAGGGUAACUACUAAAGUAGGAAUGAAAGUAAUUAAAAAAUUAAUAGAACGGUGGAGUUCCCUCUGUGGCUCAGUGGUUAAUGAAUCCGACUAGGAACCAUGAGGUUGUGGGUUCGAUCCCCGGCCUUGCUCAGUGGGUUAAAGAUCUGGCGUUGCUGUGAGCUGUGGUGUAGGUUGCAGACGCGGCCGGGAUCCCACGUUGCUGUGGCUGUGGUGUAGGCCGGCGGCUACAGCUCCGAUUCAACCCCUAGCCUGGGAACCUCCAUACGCCGCAGGAGUGGCCCAAGAAAUGGCAAAAAAAAAAAAAAAAAAAAAAAAAAAAAAAAUUAAUAGAAUAGAACCGGAAUUCCCUUCUCAUGGCUUAGUGGUUAACAAACCUGACUAGGAUCCAUGAGGAUGCGGGAUGGAUCCCUGGCCUCGUUCAGUGGGUUAAGGAUCCAGCGUUGCCGUGAGCUGUGGUGUAGGUCACAGACACGGCUCAGAUCUGGCGUUUCUGAGGCUGUGGUGUAGGCUGGCUGCUGCAGCGCCAAUUGGACCCCUAGUCUGGGAACCUUCAUGUGCUGUGGGUGUGGCCCUAAAAAGCAAAAACAAACAAACAAACAGAAAAGUAAUGUUUUCAUUAGUUCAAAGCAAGAUAACUUAGGAGGACUAAAGGAAUAAAGGAGAGAUGGGACAGAGAAAAUAGCUGCAAGAUGGUAGACUUUAAUGUAUUUUAAUUACAUUAAAAACAAAUGGAGCAAAGAUAACGAUCUGAUAGAUAAUGAUUGUCAUACUGGAGGAAAAUCAGAGUCUUACCUGUGCUCAUUAGAAAGACAUACUUGAGGAGUACCCAUUGUGGUGGAGUGGAAACGGAUCCGACUCCUAUCCAUGAGGAUGCAGGUUCGAUCCCUGGCCCCACUCAGUGGGUUGGGGAUCCGGCGUUGCUGUGAGCUGUGGUGUAGGUCACAGAUGUGACUUGGAUCCUUUGUUGCUGUGGCUAUGGUGUAGGCCAGCAGCUACAGCUCCAAUUCGACCCCUAGACUGGGAACCUCCAUAUGCUGCAGGUGCCGCCCUAGAAAAACCAAAAAGGAUAUACUUAAAAUGUAAGAGCAUAGAAUGUAAAGGAGACACACCAUGCCAACUGAGAAAAUGAGUAUGAUUAUCUCACACAGUGGACUUUAAGACAAAAAAAUAUGAUCAGAAAUAAAGAGUGACGUUGCGGAGUUCCUGCCGUGGCUCAGCGAUAAUGAACUCAACUAGUAUCCAUGAGGACAUGGAUUUGAUCCCUGGCCUUGCUCAGUGGGUUAAGGAUCCAGUGCUGCCGUGAGCUGUGGUGUAGGUCACAGAUGUGGCUUGGAUCUAGCGUUGCUGUGGCUGUGGUGUAGGCCGGCAGCCACAGCUUCCAUUCGACCCCCUAGCCUGGGAACUUCCAUGUGCCGUGGGUGUGGCCCUAAAAAGAAAGACAAAAGAAAAAAAAAAAGUGACAUGAAAAUGAUAAAAGGAUAAAUUUAUCAGGAAUAUAUUACAUACCUAAAUUUGUGUGGAGCUGACAAAGCAAAAGCACUAGA